ACAACCCGUGUGCCGCUAACGCUACCAGUGUGGCUCAGAGAAAGAACUAGGAAACAGGGGCCGCACAAUUAACUACAGUACAAACAAGGGGAGGCGACGAACAAGGAAAACAAAGCAGUUUUUGUUCUAAGGAGCACCUGAGUUGCCGUCUUGCCAAAUCGAGGGGAACAACUGAAAAAGCACAUUUAAAGGUGGAUAGUCCGCUGCCUGGUUGCUCGUGGUAACUUUCCACCAUGCCUUUCCCCUUUGGUAAGUCCCACAAGUCACCGGCGGACAUCGUCAAGAACCUUAAGGACAGCAUGACGGUGCUUGAGAAGCAUGACAUCUCUGAUAAAAAGGCAGAAAAGGCUACAGAGGAGGUGUCAAAGAGUCUGGUGGCCAUGAAAGAGAUCUUGUAUGGCACAAAUGAGAAAGAGCCCCAAACAGAAGCAGUGGCCCAGCUCGCCCAAGAACUCUACAACAGCGGCUUGCUCAGCACCCUGAUAGCAGACCUGCAGCUCAUCGACUUUGAGGGUAAGAAAGACGUGGCUCAGAUCUUUAAUAACAUCCUGAGGCGUCAGAUUGGUACUCGGACACCCACGGUGGAAUACCUGUGCACCCAGCAGAAUAUACUCUUCAUGUUGCUUAAAGGGUAUGAGUCUCCAGAGAUUGCCCUAAACUGUGGUAUCAUGCUGCGGGAAUGCAUCAGACAUGAACCACUGGCCAAAAUCACGCUGUGGUCAGAGCAGUUCUAUGACUUCUUCAGAUAUGUGGAGAUGUCCACAUUUGACAUCGCCUCAGAUGCAUUUGCCACUUUCAAAGACCUCCUCACAAGACACAAGCUACUGAGUGCAGAGUUUCUGGAGCAACAUUAUGACAGAUUCUUUAGUGAAUAUGAAAAGUUACUCCACUCAGAAAACUACGUGACUAAAAGGCAGUCCCUCAAGUUACUGGGGGAGCUGCUUCUUGACCGGCACAAUUUCACCAUUAUGACGAAAUACAUCAGCAAGCCAGAGAAUCUCAAACUAAUGAUGAAUCUGCUACGGGACAAGAGUCGCAACAUCCAGUUUGAGGCUUUUCACGUUUUUAAGGUGUUCGUGGCCAACCCCAAUAAGACACAGCCCAUCCUGGACAUUCUGCUGAAGAACCAGACCAAACUCAUCGAGUUUCUCAGCAAGUUCCAGAAUGACAGAACGGAGGACGAACAAUUCAAUGAUGAAAAGACAUACCUGGUCAAACAGAUCAGGGACCUGAAAAGGCCCCCCCCCCAAGAGGCCUGAAGAAGGGUGUAGAAGUGGGCGGAGGAGCCACCAGGACCACGUCUGGACAACAUCCAGGCAACGUCUACUUAACGGACCCAUCAGCACCUGCUGUUCUGGUUUCUUAACAAAAAUUGAGGAAACAAACAAAAAACUAACAAAAACAAACAUACCCACAUCAACUCAUCAGAAGUUGCCAGGUCCUCUGCUCCUCAUUGAACAUUUGAUUUUUUUUUGCUUUUUUCACAAUUUUUCCGUCAAAAGAAAUAAGAAAAAAUAAUAGAUGCUGCUGCUUUCUUGCACACUGAGACAUGUAAGGUAUAAUGUAAUGACUAAACAGUCCAUCAAACAGACAGAAAAUGUCCGUGCAUUUAAAGUAAGGCAGAAUUCCUCAUAGACAGACAGACAUACACACUCACACACACCAAGGAACAAAGUAGACACGUUUACAUGCAUAUGUAUACAUAAACUAAACAUGCAUACACACAUACUGCAAGAGUAUCAGCUAAAACAUUGUGAUGGAAAUGGUACGAACAAGUUGAACAUUGGUGUGUUUGUUGCAUGCCUUGAAAUGUGACAGAUCCAUGGCUGUACCCCGCGUCAGCUCUGUGAUGGCCUGCCCAGUCUGGCUCCAGUUUUCAGUGCCACAGACUCGGAAACGCAUGCGCAUCACAGCAACUGCUACAGUUCAUAUCUAUGCCUUCAUCCUAUCGAGCAGCAGUGGUUCAUUUAACCGAUUCGUGUCCUCACGGUUGCCAUCACACAGAACCAUUUACCUCAUGUGUGCUUUGUUUGACACAGCACUUGAAACACAUGAGGAAAGGAGGGAAGGAUGCAAGGUAUGAAUUUGGUGAAGCCACAGAGUUGGGUCUCUUUAUUGUUUUCUGGGACAGGGUUAACAUGUACAUAUGCCUUUUUUUUGCUUUGUAGAUUUUGUUUAACCUUGACAUGAAUAUAUAUUAUAUAUAUAUUACCUUAAACAUCACGUUUUUGGUUUAUUGUAAUCAAAUUACUUUCCAAACCAUAAAAGAAACAACAAAAAUUUAAGUGACAUUGUUUUUGCAUUUCAUAUUACUGCUGAAAUGGUUGCUGGUGGGUUUCUUUGUACAUAACUUAAAGGGCCAGCUCACAUUUAGCUAACCUAUAGGAUAUUAACAAUUUGUACAGCAGAGGAAUGUCAUGGUAUUAGCUCUGGAUCUGUUAAUCCUCUUUUUUUUCUCCAUCUACAUUUUGAGUAUCUCUCAGACUGCGUAAACGUGCAGGGUAGGACGGAGUAGAGGUGUGAGCAGUGCAGAAGGGGAGGGUGGGCGGGGACUGGGAGAGCAUUAACUGAAACUUUUUAAAGCCUGUGUGUGUUUGUGCACUUUGUGAGGUGCUGAGCGAUCAAUGUCACCUAACUGGAGUCGAGGAUGGCGGGGAUGUCCACCCUCCUCCCCCUCUUCAAUUUCAUUAACCUGUUUUUGUUCCCCUCUCAUUUUCACCACUUAGCUAGUGGCCUGGGAGUGCUGUGUGGCCCCACAGUGAGCGUGUUUUAGCGAGGAGCUCAUCAGGACAUUGGCAACUCGGCACAUGAUUCUUACUUUCCCCCUUCUCCUCACGUUUGAGCCUUUCUCUUUAGAGGGUUUAUAAUUCCAGUACAAUUAUGAGUGUAAAGCAUUGUGGGUAGCGGAGUACGCUGGGCAUGAUGCUGAGUUGAACUGAUGAAACCACCAUCUUCUUAAUUUGCAGUGAAUCUACGAGAAUUUAACAUUCAAGCAGGCAGACAAGAAUCCAUCUCAGUGUCGGUAGUACUUGAAAAGCCCACAGUUCCUCCAUGCGCAUUGAACAUGCAUGUUCCUCCACUGGCUGUGCAUGAUGCUGUACUAAAGACGUUGUACUGGAAUUGUUAUUCCCCCCCCCCCCCCCAAGUAUUUAACAACAUAGAAAUGUCAAAUUGAACUCUUAGCUAUAUGGCUGUAUGCUGACUUUGACUCCAGUGUCAGCAUAGAGCGUGUGGGUGCUUUCAGAAGUGUCAAAAGGCCUGGGCCCUACAAUUAAAAUAAAGAAAAAAAAAACAUUUGGAAUA